AUGAAUAAAAGACAUAAAUUAACUGAACAAUAUUUUCCAAUUGACUUAAAUAAAAUUCGGUUAGUAUCUUAUAAUAUAUUAGCUAAUGGAUAUGCAUAUGCAUCAUCAACAGAUGCUCAACAAACAAUUUAUCCAUAUUGUCCACAAGAUUUUCUUGAACAUGAUUAUAGAAAGCCACUUUUAUUAAAAGAAAUUUUAGGAUAUCAUGCUGAUAUAAUAUCAUUACAAGAAUGA